GACCCGAGUACUGAGUGGUUCGUCGCGCCCCGGGACCUGCGUCCGGCGGCGUUGCUGCCGUCACCAUGCCACAAAAUGAACAUAUCGAGUUACACCGUAAGCGCUAUGGGUAUCGUUUGGAUUACCAUGAGAGAAAGAGAAAGAAGGAAAGUCGAGAGGCUCAUGAACGUUCAAAGAAGGCAAAAAAGAUGAUUGGUCUGAAGGCCAAGCUCUACCAUAAGCAGCGUCAUGCUGAGAAAAUACAAAUGAAAAAGACUAUCAAGAUGCAUGAAAAGAGAAACACCAAACAAAAGAAUGAUGAGAAGACUCCACAAGGAGCAGUGCCUGCCUAUCUGCUGGACAGGGAGGGACAGUCUCGAGCUAAAGUGCUUUCCAAUAUGAUCAAACAGAAACGAAAAGAGAAAGCGGGGAAAUGGGAAGUCCCUCUGCCCAAAGUCCGUGCCCAGGGAGAAACCGAAGUCCUAAAAGUGAUUCGAACAGGAAAGAGGAAGAAGAAGGCCUGGAAAAGGAUGGUUACUAAAGUUUGCUUUGUUGGGGAUGGCUUUACACGGAAACCACCGAAGUAUGAACGAUUCAUCAGACCCAUGGGCUUACGUUUCAAGAAGGCACAUGUUACGCACCCUGAACUUAAAGCCACCUUUUGCUUACCAAUACUUGGCGUAAAGAAGAACCCCUCGUCCCCACUGUACACAACGCUGGGUGUUAUUACCAAAGGGACCGUCAUUGAAGUGAAUGUGAGCGAACUGGGCCUGGUGACGCAAGGAGGCAAGGUGAUUUGGGGAAAAUAUGCCCAGGUUACCAACAACCCUGAAAACGAUGGGUGCAUAAACGCGGUCCUGCUGGUUUGAUGGCACUUUAUACACGGAACCCCCUUUAUUUGUGAGGAUGACAAAUGAGCCAGAGAAACCACCAUUAUUACCCUGUGCUGCUGAGUCCUACCCAACAGUUUACAUGUCUGACGGCAGCAGGAGAACUAUUUAUAAAGAAAAGCAAGACAUUAAAAUGG